GGAAACAGCAGUCUCAAGCAAGGAGAAAGCAGAGAUUAUGGCUGAAUCAUUCGUGAUGGUACAUCGUUCAGAAAAUGUGUCAGAAGAAUGGAGAAGGAGAAGAUCAGUGUCACUGAGUCAGCAUCUUCAUGAGUUAAAUAGGAAGGAAGAAACUGAACAAGUAGUGGAUGAUCUGUUUACCUUGGCAGAGAUGGUGAGAGCAAUUAAAAGAGCAAAGCCUACGUCUCCAGGAAAAGAUUGAGUCAUGUUAAAACCAUUGGAGGAAAAGUCACUGCUGAAGCUGCUGGAGAUGUUUAAUAAAAUACCAACUACCUGGAAAGAAGCAGAAGUGAUUCCAAAGAGGAAACCUGGGGGCGCUUCGCGGCUGCAGCUUCCCACGAGAAUCAGGAGGAGAAGAAGAAGAACAACAUCCGGGCAUUGUUCCGCCGCUAGAGAAACCGCUGACAGGAGGAGCUCGCGCUCUUCUACGAACCACAGAGAGCGCCUUUGUUUACUCUCAACAUGGAGGCGCAGGAGGCCCCGCUCACAGACGCGAAGCACCGCUCCAGAUCACGAUCGGCGGACCGGAAGCGGAAGUCAGACAAGCGGCACAGACGCAGCCACAGCAGGAGCAAACAGAGACCAAUUCUUCUUAAAACAGGCACGGAAGAAAGCUCUGCGGUGUCAGAGCGGAUCAGAUAAAGACAUGGAGACGUCAGAUAAAGACAUGGACGAGCGGCAUCGCAGAAAAGACAAGAAGUCCCCCAGACUGAGAAGCCUGUCCCGAUCACGCUCGAGGGAAAGGCGACAUCAUAAUCGAAACUGGGACAAAAAAAGGUCGAGAUCGAGGAGUCGUGACAAGAAGAGACGGGCCAAGUCUCGAUCCAACUCCAGAAGCAAACACAGACAUCGCAGCAGGAGCCGCAGCAAGAGCAGGGAGAAGAAGAAGAAGAGGACCGAGAAAGCGCGGAGGAAAAGUCUCAGUCGGUCAGUGAGUCCGGUGACCUUCAGGGGCAGAAACACAGCCAUGGAUGCUCAGGAGGCUUUGGCCAGAAGGUUGGAGAGAGCAAAGAAGCUUCAAGAACAGAAAGAAAAAGAGUUGUUGGAAAAACGGCAACAGCCAGAGAGCGCAGCAGCAGCAGCAGCUCCGCUCGUGUGCGAUACGGUCACCGCAGCACCCGGUCCUGGCCUGAACGUUGCAGCGCUGCUCGCGUCCGGCACACAGGUCACUCCUCAGAUCGCAAUGGCCGCUCAGAUGGCAGCGCUUCAGGCCAAAACGCUGGCAGAGACGGGCAUCGCUGUGCCGAGCUUCUACAAUCCCUCAGCGGUGAACCCAAUGAAGUUUGCAGAGCAGGAGAAGAAGAGGAAAAAGUUGUGGCAGGGGAAAAAAGAAGGGGAAACAAACAAAAAGUCACAAACAGCUGAGCUUUGGGAGAAGCUGAAUUUUGGCAAUAAAGACCAAAACGUGAAAUUUCGCAAACUUAUGGGCAUCAAAGGUGAGGAAGAAGAAGGUAGCUCGUCAGGAGCUGCUACUGAAGAAGGACUCAAAACCUUGCAGCAGCAGGAGGAGAUGUUCCGCAAUCUGGACGUCCAGUAUGAGAUGGCCCGUUCACAGACACACACGCAGAGAGGAAUGGGCCUUGGAUUCUCCUCCUCGUUUUCCUCGAGGGGCAUGGAUGCCGUCUGAACAUUCUGUGUCUGUGCUUCUCAUUUCUGUAGAUUCUGGCCGACGUCGCCGCUGUAAAGCUGAUUUGUACGUGCUUGUAGAGAAUCCUGGUGCAUUAGCUUGCAUGUGUCGUUUUAUUCGUUUUGAAAAUUCACCUGUAAAUACAGUUGAUUGCUCAAGCAUGUAUCGUUGCUUGGACUCUGAGUUGUUUAAUAUUGUAAAGCUUUUGUUUGGAUUUUGGAAACACGAUUGUAUAUUUCACUGUGUUUGUAUCGAACCUGUCUAAAGCUAACGAUUCCUGAUAUAUCAGUGACCAAGGUGUACCAGGGGCUAUGAUAUAUUAUGAAUGCUGUAAUGCUUUUAAUAAAAUGGUUACUACGUAAAUACA